AAUGCUCCCUUUGCGGAUUCGCAUUCUCCUUCACAGCUCUCCGUGCUCCGAAGAAUUUGAUUACCUCCUGAGCGAGGAGGAACAGCGAUCAGCACGCAACCUCCGUUGCUUGCACAGACGGGAGUGGUGGGGGCUUAUGUGAGCCGGAAGCUCCCGGAUCGUCUUUCAGUCGCCGCAGCUCGCUUUGUUGACACCGUUAAGUCGUAGCUGAGAACUCUCUGCAGCCAUGGUGAAAGUGUCGUUUAAUUCGGCCUUGGCGCAGAAAGACGCUGUCAAAAAGGAGAGAGAGAACAGCUGCAGCAGUCAAGUGCUGAUCUUGCCCUCCGAUGCCAAGGAUCCAAGGGAUGUGCUGGCCACUGAGCGAAGAAGGGCUUGGUGUUGGUGUAUAUGUUUUGGAUUACUUUUUCUGCUUGCUAUUGUGAUACUUGGUGUUGCCUAUUUUUACAAGUAUUUUGGAUUCCAGGAGAGUGGUGUUUAUUUCUGUGGGGUAAAAUAUAUUGAAGAUGGUCUAACGCUAACUGAGGCAGAGUCAGAUGCUCCAGCUCCUCAUUAUCAGAUAAUUGAAGAGAACAUUAAGAUCCUCCAAGAGGAGGAGGUUGAAUUCAUCAGUGUGCCUGUUCCAGAAUUUGCAGACAGUGAUCCAGCUGAUAUUGUGCAUGACUUUCAUAGGAGACUUACAGCUUAUCUUGAUCUCAGCCUGGAUAAGUGCUAUGUUAUUCCUCUGAACACGUCAGUUGUAAUGCCACCCAAAAACUUCUUGGAGUUGCUGCUCAACAUCAAGGCUGGAACAUAUUUGCCUCAGUCAUAUUUGAUUCAUGAACAAAUGAUAGUUACUGAUCGUAUAGAAAAUGUGGAUCAGCUGGGCUUUUUUAUUCAUCGCCUAUGUCGUGGCAAAGACACUUAUAAGUUGCAGCACAGAGAAACUCUGAAAGGAAUUCAGAAGCGUGAAGCAAGUAACUGCCGAAAAAUUAGACACUUUGAGAACAGAUUUGCUGUGGAAACACUCAUUUGUGAAGAAUAGUAAGAAAUAAUAUUGUAAUGAAAAACUGAAAAAACACAUUGGCCCUUUGAUUAUAUGUAGUGAUUUUAAAUUUAAAUCAUUUGCUCAAGUAAGCAAAGUGGAAAAGGCUUUAGCCUUGAUAUUUGUUUCAUGAUACACUUUUAUCCUUUUUUUCAUAUUUUGAAGCAUGGUGUCCUCUUUAUGUAUUUGAAUAGCACCUAUAUAAAUUUGUAGUUGUUAGGGCAUUUUAUGUAACAAACCUUGAAAAAAAUAACAGGAAGUCAACAAUGCUUCAUAUCUUAUAGUAAAAUUGCAUAAAAUAAUUCCUCUCACUGGAAAACAAAAAACGCAUGUUUAAAUAGAAUAUGACACUUGAGAUUUUUAACAGCAUAUUCACUAACAACACAAUUAAUGAUAUGGUUGAUUACAGCAUAUUGGUGAAAUAAAAUGCAGUUUCUUUUGUGGUUUUAUGUGUUUUAAUGCAAUUUCAGAUAGUUUGAUUUCCAACUGUAUAUUUAAUAUAACAGCCUGCUGUAACAAAAUCAAGCAGGCACUUCAUGUUAAUGGCAUGUGUAUAAGUUAAGUAUGUGCAAUGGAAAAUAAAUAUUACAAAUCUGUUUGUCUAAA